GCUUUUUAGGUGAUUAAUAUUUGAUUGUUUUUCUGUCUUCCAGGAAGUCGGCUGUUUAUCUGGAAUAGUACUGAAAAGUUUGCAGAAUUAAACCAAAUCCCUGACAGAGUUUUGCUUGCUUUAUUUUAAAUAACAGCUACUGUAUGCAACUUUUUAAAAAUAAUUUUGUUUUGUUUUAGUUUAAUAAUUGGAAAUAUUUGCAGAUAAUUACAAAAAACAAAUUUUUAGAAUGUGUCACACUACCAUGAAGUUUCAAACCCAUGAAGGACCAAACCCAGAAUUAUGAGUCUGAAAGCAAAGAAGAAAGCUCGGACUUCUUUUGGGGCCACAGCCCCGCCUUUCAUUGAUUACCUGAAAGAUAUUCUACGUCGAUAUCCAGAUGGUGGACAAAUUUUGAAGGAAUUGAUUCAAAAUGCAGAUGAUGCUGGAGCAACAGAAGUGGUUUUCAUUCAUGAUGAGCGGAGCUAUGGGACAGAGAGCCUUUGGACGGAAGAAUUGGGAAAAUACCAAGGUCCUGCUCUCUAUGCCUACAACAAUGCCACAUUCACUGAUGAAGACUGGCAAGGAAUUCAGAUGGCUGGAAGGAGUGUGAAGCGUGAUGACCCAAACAAAGUCGGGAGGUUUGGAAUCGGCUUCAACUCUGUUUACCACACAACAGAUGUGCCAAGUAUAUUGAGUUCAGAGCAUCUUGGCAUGAUGGAUCCCCAAGAAAAAAUAUUUGGAGAGAGAAGUGGAGGGUUUUGGUGGUCUUUGGAUGAUGCUGAAGACCAAGAAGUUCUGCUGAAUAUGCAUGAUCAGUUCCAACCAUUUAGAGAUAUAGUCUCACUUGUAUGUGAACAUGGAUGGUCAAAAGUUGUCAUGGAGGAUCAGCACUUCAGUGGGACAAUUUUUAGAUUUCCUUUACGCAAUGAAGCAUCAGAAAUUUCUGAUAAUCUGUAUGACUCAGAUAAAGUGGUUGAGCUUUUUGAUAGCUUCAUUGCAGAUGCAGAUUUGAGCCUCCUCUUCUUGAAAAAUGUCACCUCCGUGUCCUUGUUACAUAUUAGUGAAGAUGGAGCUGUUAACACCAGACUUGAAGUGAAAUCCUCAGUCCCCACAGAUGGUGUUUUGGAGCCAGAAGAGGAGUCAGUCAUUGAGGGUCUAACAAGGUUCAAAGUUAUAACUGUGAGUUCAAAAGACCAAAAAGAGACAAAGUGGCUUCUGACAACAUGUACCAUGAAAGAGGGCGUUGUAGAAGAUCUUGAUUUGCUUACAAAGAAGUUGAGCUUUUUACCUCAAGUUGACCUGGCAUUCCCCUGUGGUGAGAAGAGAGACUGUAGCCAGAGCAGACUGAGCUGCUUUCUCCCCCUUCCAAACAAUGAAUCCAAUAAGACAGGACUCCCAGUUUAUGUCAAUGCAUGCUUUGGCCUCACAGACAAUAGAAGACACAUCAAAUGGCAAGAGGAAGACCAGAGACAUGAUGAACAUGCUUUGUGGAAUGAAAUGCUGAUGAAGAAGGUGUUUCCACAAGCAUACAUCAAGAUCAUUCAAGAUGCCAUUAAACUUGCCCAAAACUCUAUCCUCCCUGUUUCCUCUGUGUACAAUCUGUGGCCAGAUCUCACUCAGAUACAACACAAAGAAAAAUGGCAUGCUCUCACUCUGGAUGUUUUUCAUCACUUAUUCAGACAGAACGUGGCCAUCCUCUCUCUUGCUAAAGAUGAAAGACAGUUUAUCUCUCCAUCAGAAGCUGUUUUCCCCUGCAAUGGCCCAACAAGCACCAACAUAUUGUCUGCCAUUAAAAGGGCUUUAGUGUCAUGUGGAGAAAAUCUUGUCACUUUAUCAGCUAGUGUUGCGAGGGCUAUAAAUGAGGCCUACCCAAACCCUGCUACCCUAAAACAUGUGACUCCAGCAUUCCUCAGGGCCAUUCUCCACAGGACCGGUGUGGAUAACAUCACUAAAGAUGACAAACUCAGUCUUUUGGAGUACAUUUUAGGUGAUGAACAAUACAAAGAACUUGAGGGUCUUCACCUCCUUCCACUCAGUGAUGGCUCUUUCAGAUAUUUCACAUACAAAGAGGAAGACACUGCUUUGAUUGACAGCCAUGAAUUUCCAAGACUCUUGUUGCCCUUCUGUAAGCACCUCUUCAUCCCAAAUGAUCUGACUCCAACCUGCAGUGCCCAUCUGAAAAAACUGGCCAGAAGAAAUUUCUUCAAGAUCAUCAAUGUUGAUGCAUCCCGUGUAGCUGAAUAUACAAGAAGGUAUUUGCCACCAGACUGGAAGCAGACAGGGAAGAACGUUGUUGCAUGGGACAACAACAACAGUCAGCAUCCACCUUCAGACUGGUUUCAAGAAUUCUGGAGGUUUCUCAACAAUCAUUUUAAUGAGUUAAGUCCUUUCACUGACAUACCUCUAAUACCAGUUAGUCCUCUGUCUGGCAGUCAGACUGUAUCAGUAGCAAAACUACAACUGAUGAAGAAUCACAUUUAUGAUGAAGACUCUCACCACUGGAAAACACUCAGGACAACUGCAUUUCUUCCAGCAUAUUCACCUGGUGAUACAAAAAUGGAAGGAAAUGUAACACUUAAAAGGCCCACUGAUGUUUUUAGUGACAAAUGCUCCCUUCUCGUUAACAUGACACAACCAGUGUUGGAUCAUACUAAUCUAAACAUACACAACACAGAUCCAGUUCUACAGAUUUUAGGAGUUCACAGCACUCCAAAACUACAGAUGGUGCUUCAGCAGUUGCACCAAACAAGCACACAAGCACACUCUAUUGACAGAUCCAUGCUUUACAAAAUAGCAUCUGAGUGCUAUAAGUUUCUGGAUCAGUGGAUCUCUCAUUUUGGAAACGCUUACAUCCCACACUGGGCAUACUCAUUUCCAUUCAUCCUCAUUGGGGAAACAUUUGUGAAUGUUGAUCGUGUAGCUGAGAACGGGCAAUUUGAAGCAAAGCCCUAUCUCCACGUACUUCCAGCUGCCUUCACAAGCUUCAGGAACCUCUGGACAUGUAUAGGUGUUGAAAAACAAUUCACGACCACUCAGCUUCUAACUGUGUUGCAGGAAUUAAAAGCUCAACAUGGAAACCAGCCCCUACCAAAGAGUGAUCUCUCAAUUGUCCUCACAAUUUUAAAUAAAGGGAUAUUUGAGGCCAAAUUGAAAAUCACGCAUGACUGUCUGAUACCCAAUGAGCAUGGAGUUUUGCAACCUGCAAAUGAGCUGUUUUACAAUGACAGCCCAUGGAUGCCACUCACUUCAGGUGUCACAUUGUGUCACGAGAAUAUCCCACGUGUUAUGGCUCGCCACCUUGGAAUCAAAACAACAAGGCAUCAUACUUUGGAAAACCACACAUUUGAUGACCUUUCACCAUUAGCUUUUGAGUUUGAACAGCAGGAAGAACUCACUGUUCGUAUUAAAAACAUAAUUUCAGCCUAUCCAUCAAAGAAGGAUAUCCUUAAAGAGCUCAUCCAAAAUGCUGAUGAUGCAGAAGCAACAGAAAUUCACUUCAUCUGGGACAAAAGACAACAUGGGAAAGUAAAAACAUUUGGGAAGAAAUGGAACAAUCUCCAGGGUCCAGCACUUUGUGUGUUCAACAACAAAGUGUUUUCUGAUGCUGACAUUAAGGGAAUUCAACGGCUGGGAGAGGGAGGAAAGCACAGCACCCCAGGGAAGAUAGGCAAGUACGGAGUUGGAUUCAACUCUGUUUACCAUCUGACUGACUGCCCUUCGAUCCUUACAGGAGAUGAAGUACUUUGCAUUUCUGACCCCAAUCAAAAAUACAUUGAAAAUCAUUCAAAUAAACCACGAUAUGGCAUUGGCUAUAAACUAGCUGACACUUUCAAAGAAAUGUACGUAGAUGUCUACAAAUCCUUUCUUCAUGACAAAUUUUCUCUUAAAGACGGCACCAUGUUCAGAUUACCUCUGAGGAUGGGUACAAAUGCAAAUACCUCCAAAAUAUCACAGCAAGGAGUCACUGACCGCGACAUGAAAGAACUGUGCUCUGCCCUCUCUGAAGAUCCUGAAGGACUAAUUCUCUUUCUGAAAAACAUCUGCAAAAUCAAAGUCCAUGAAAUCAGUGAAGAUUCACAAGAACUUAAAACCAUCUUUGAGGUUGAAAAAAAUCUGCCACAGAAAAGUCGGGACGAGAAAGAUGCUUUUGUAAAACAUCUACAAAAUGCACUGCAAUCAGACAAAACAGCAACACCGCACAAGACUUUCUAUGAAACUGUGAUUUCCACCUCAGAUAAAAGACAAAGUAAGUGGAUUGUUGCAGAACAGUUUGGCUCCUUCAAAUACAAUUUUCUCUUGAAAAUAUCAGACAAACUUCCCCAAGCAUCAUUAGCUGCACGUGUGAACACAAAAGGAUCCAGCGUCAUGGAUUUUAAAGGAGAAGCCUUUUGUUCACUUCCUUUGCCAGGGAAAACUGGACUGCCAGUACAUGUCAAUGGAAACUUUGAGGUUGAUUCUGCCAGGAGAAGCCUUUGGAAAGAAGAUGGGAAGAGUAAGAAAUCAAAUUGGAAUGAGAUUUUGAAACAGAACGUCAUUGCACCACUGUAUGCAGAUCUCCUGCAUUACAUCAGGUGCAGCAUUGCAGUUAAGAAAGUUUCCCUUACAUUUAUUGAAUCAUGUUUCAGUACAGAAUACUUGUGUUUUUGGCCAACUGUGUCCAAGGAUGUUUGCCCAGACUGGCAUGAAAUGAUACAUGGAGUAUACAGAUCACUGAAAGAAAAAGGCCUUGAUGUAAUCCCUGUGAUGAAGAGCUCAACACGGAAAAUUGCAGAUAAAAAAAUUAAAGAAUACUCUUUUGACUGGUGUAAUGUCAGCGAAACAGACUCACUUGAGGACCCUUAUCUGACAAACCUGACAAACUACAAGCUGAUGCCCAUCUUGGAAGAUCUUGGGAUGAAGCUGGUUCCUUAUUCCACAAACAUGCAGAGGAUUUGGAAAAGUUUCAGAUCUGCUGAGGUUGAAGUGAAAGAGGUCAGUCCCUCCACUGUGCAGACUUUCCUACGAGCAAAACCUCUCAAUGAUCCAACCCAAACAGAUGAGGAUUUGCCUUUACCCAUAAGUGCCACUUUGAUCAAAGAUGAGACAAGAUGUUCGGAGCUCUUGAGUUUUUGUUUAAAAGAUUUCUCCUCACAAAAGGUCACCCAGGACAAUUCAAAUUUACUUGAUGGGCUUCCGCUUCUUCUCACAAGAGAUAAAGUAUUGACAGUUUUCAACUCCCAGUCACCCAAGUUGAUAUCAAGAUAUGCAAAUCUCUUCUUUGGCUGUGAGGAAAAAUUUGCAGAUUAUCACACAAACAUUCAGCACAUUCGUCUUCUACAAACUUUUAACUUUGUCAAAACGUUAUCAUUGCCAUGUGCAGCAAGAGCUUUGAAACCAUUUGUUCGGCAUCUUCUUGAGAACUGCUAUGUUGAUCCGCACAGUGGUCUUCAUGUCCCAAAUGAGACAAUGUUGGAGUGGCUGAAAUCACUUUGGAUGUUCAUAACAAGUGAAAUUAAACUACCAACAUCUAGAGAUGACGAGUCAAGUCUGACACUAAGUGAUGUGAAGAAACUCUUCAGCGACUGCUACAUUUUACCUGUUGUGUGUCCAAGGUUGAACAACAAGCACUUUCUGCAAACAAUGAAACACAUGUCAAGUGUUGUGUUUGCCUCACAGAAACACAAAGACAUAUCAGGCAUCCUCUUCAAACUUGGUUUUAUGAGGUUUGAUCAUGUUUUCUUCUCUGAGGUGGACCGACGGGUAUAUUCAUAUCUACAGCAUGAGCUUCUCGAUGUAGAUGAUCAAAGCUCAGUGUUGGAUCAAAUGUACAACAUUAAUCGCUCAGAGUUUUCCCACCUUUCAAAUGAUGAUAUGAAGGAGUUUCAGAUGUUCCUGCAAUCAGGAUUAUCCAAGUUCAAAGUCAGCCAAGAGUAUGUGAGGAAGCUCAAAUCCUUACCAAUAUUUGAAACAACACAAGGUGAACGAGUGAGGAUUGAUGGACCUAAAAAGGUUUUCAUCCUUAACAUCAAAUAUUCAGUCAUAUUUCAUGAUUUGUCCAACCUACACACAAACAGCAGCAUCUUUCUGAAACACAACUCUGAGAACUACAUGCUGUCACAAACACUCAACAUUCAGGUCCUGAAUGAUUUGGAGUAUUUCAUGAAGUUCAUUCUGCCUGCUGUACACCAACUCACAGAGACACAGAUUCUUCACAGCCUCAAACUGUUGCUGUCACUACAUUACUCUUCAGAGGACAAGAAAACUAUCAUCUCCUCACUGAAGACGGUGAAACUGAUUCGCAGUUCUCAAGGUAGACUGGAGCCUGCAUCAUACUACUUUGAUGAGAGUGUGGAGCUGUACAAACAAAUGUUGCCCCACGAAAGAUUUGUUCCUGAGAGAUUUUGGUCUGAACUGUGUGAAGGAGAUAGUUAUAUAAAAAAACAAGCAAAAGAGCUGGUCAGAGAACUUGGAAUGAAGCAUGUUGUGUCAGCAGACGAGAUAAUACAUUUUGCUUACCAGCUGGAAUCAGAAGGAAAAGUUAACAGAAGACUCAAAGACAUGAAACUAAAAUCAUCAUUACUUUUCAGGGAAGUCUUAAAUAAAGCAUGCAACAUCAAAAUUAAAGAGCAACAUUUUUUGGAGAGGAUUGCCGACAUCAAAUUCAUUUUUCCAAUAAUGAUUCGAAAAGAACUGUCCAACUACCACCAACCAUUUGCUGCUGAAGGAACUAUGGUGAAAAUUAGAGGCUCUUUGAUUGAGAAAAAACCUGAGCAUCAAGAUUUGAUUUGGUCCUCAAUGCCAAUUAUAGACCUACCAGUUUACACAACACAGAAACUUAUGCAGAUGAUAAAAAAUGCAGGAGCUCAUGAGGAACCACCUCCAAACUGUGUAACCAGUAACAUAAGAAACAUCUGUCAGUCACCAUGUGAAACUGACCAGCUGAUCAAAACACGAGCUAAAGUGUUCAGAAGUUCCUACGCUUACCUGCAAGCAAAAAGAUUUGAAGGAAACCAGCUGGCUGGUCUUCCUGUUGUGUUGGUUGAAAAAGACACAAAACUUAUGAGGCCUGAUGACAUGUGUCUGUCACUCUCCUAUGAUCUGGACUUCAGACCAUAUCUGUACAAGAUUACUCCAGAAGAUGCAAUGUAUGCACCGUUCUUUCAGAAAAUUGGUGUGAAGAACGAAGCUACUGCAGAACAAUAUUGUAAUGUUUUGGCAGCAGUUUACGCUGAUUCCUGUGAUAAACAGAAACUACAUUCGAACCAGCUGAGAACUGUGAAACGAGCUGUUGAGCAGUUGUUUAAGUCAAUCAAAACUCACGGAAACCAGACGCUUCUUGAAAAUGUUGAGACUUUGUAUCUUCCAGCAGUAGAUGGUAAAUUAUACCCAUCAUCCACACUCUGCUACAACGACACAGUGUUUGAGACCAAAAGGUUGGAAGAAGCGCUGGAGAACAAGUUCCUGCUGCUUGAGAAACUCAGUGAAUGUCAUUUGGGCAACGACAAAUACAUGCAUCAUCAGCUGUUGGAACUGCUGCCUCAGAAAUUUCAGCCAAAGAUGCUGUCUGAGUUCACAGAGGAAAGAGUUGUGGAAUCAGAGAUGCAGCUUUGUACACUUGGGACUGGCUGUGAAUUUAGUGGAUGGUUUGCUAAACAUCUCUCCUCAGGAGCCUUUAAAUAUGGAUUCAUUUGUCUUAUUAGAGAGCAGUUGCAAGGCAAAAUAACACAAGAAGAUGCUUCUAACAUAUGUGAGAAGAUUUUUGGCAGUAUACAGAUUAUCUGCUGCAAAACAUUGGAAACAACACUCUGGCUCAAUAAACAGCCACUUCCCAAAACUGAUGAAGAAACUGAUGUAUCUGUGGAACGAGGGCAACAAGGAUGCACCUUUUACUUAAAGCACAAUGAUGACAUGGCUCCCAAGGUAAUAAAUGAAGUCAUUACAACAUUGACAAAAGAGAUUAAUGCUCUUUUAGGAAACAGAAUUGCAUCGGUUCAUCUUCCAGUGCUGGGACAACUCCUCAUGUGUGAUGAUCUGCAAGAUGUUCGAAAAACUCUGGCUAAAAAUCAGAUCCGUGACAGUGCUGAAACUGAAAGUUCCUCUUUUAGUCCAGCAGCCCCUGGGACAGAAGUUCCAGGAGAAUGGCAUGAUUGUUUGGACAUGAAUGUCUUCAACAACUUUGAAGAGGGGGAAUAUGUUGGCUACAGCAUUGAUGACAAGUACAUUUAUGCAGUUAUUGUUGAAGAACUGCCUGGUCACAAUGGACGAUAUUCAUGGAGAUACAAAAUAGAAGUAGGAGAAGAUGAGCCCAUUGAAGUCAGCUGUGUUGAUCUGUUUCAGUUUAAACGAGAAAAGAAAGUAAAAACAGAAGAAAACACUUGCAUGGAGCUGGAACCACUGACAGGAGCUGUGCCACAUUCUUCUGAAUCAUCAAUAAAUUCCUUACCAGCCUCUGUUCAGGAAGCUAAAAGGGAAAUUGAUAAAUGUUUGGCAGAGAUCUGGAGGCUUCCUGAGGAGGAGAGGCACAAAGCCAUCAAGAGACUGUACCUCAGGUGGCACCCUGACAAAAAUCCGGAUUGCCAGUCUCUCGCCAGUGAGGCAUUCAAAUAUUUACAGAAUCGAAUUGAUGAGCUCAGCAAACCCAAAGCUGCAGGCUCAAUCUUUUCAAGCAGAAAUACACAUUUCAGAGGCUUCUAUCAACAGUGGAAUCAGGAGGCCAGGUAUCACAGAAACAGUCGAGAGAGGUUCUCUAGAGGCUCUAGCGGUUUCCAUUCCUACAACUUCUGGACCCACAAUGAAAAUGUCCCAAGGCCAGACAGAGAAGAGGCCAGACGUUGGUGUAGACAGGCUCGCUGUGAUCUCAAUGCAGCUCACAAAGACACUGGUGGAGGGAGCACAGAGUGGUGUCUGUUUAAGGUCCAUCAAGCACUGGAAAAGUCUCUCAUAGCAGCAUGCUAUAAAAGAAAUGGACAACGCCCCAACAGCAGCUCAAUUUCAGCCACUGCUGCACAAGUUUCCCGCUACAGCCUCCAACUGAGAGAUCUGCCUGAGAUUGUGAAAAACCUGCAGACACUCGGAGUGGAUCCCAAAAAGACUCAAUAUCCCAACUGCCAUCCAUAUCCUCACAUACCGAACGGACAAUUCAGAUCAGAGAAUGAAAUGCUGGCACUGAACAAGGCAUCAGAGCUCCUUAAUAAAAUAGAAGCAUAUGUGAAUUAAGGAUUUAAGACAGAUGGACUAUCAAUUACUGUGACUGUGUUUUGACAUGUUAAAAGGAUGAUAUCUACAAUCUAAAGCUCAAAUAUUAUUUAGCAUCACAAUCAAAAUUAAAUGAUUUUUUUUAAAUUGUCUCAGUACUAAAGACUAACCAACUUUUAACGAAGACUGAAAUAUCAGUGUUUUGUUUAUUACUACAUUCAUUUCCAAAUACUUACUGAAGAAAUAUUCUGUGUACCGUUUUGUUAAGAAAAUGUAAAGAUCAAAUAUUCUUUUAUUUCCUCAAGUAUUCUUGUUUUCUUUUUUAUUACUACAUUUGUUGACAUACAGACUCACAUGGCUCACCUGCUUGAGAUCCACAUACUUAUUAUAAUGAAAUGCAAAUGUUCAGAUUUUGAUGUUUUAAACAGUUGUGAUCACUUGCCAAAGCAAAAUUUAACUAAUGUAUGUUUAGAUGUUUUCCUAUGUUUUAAACAAGUUCUACUACUGAGACCCAAGUAUAUAUUUUUACAUUUUAAUCGUUUAUCAGACAUAGGAACCAAAACAAUACUAUAUGAAUUUGUUAUAAAAGGGUUUUUUUGUUUCCCAAAAGGUUUUUAGCUUUGAUAUAAAAAUAUAUUUAAUGUAGUUUUGUUAUAAAAUACAAAUGGUAAAUAAUUUGGUUGAGCCUUCUCACACCUAAGUAAUGGUUAAGAUUUUAUUGAAUUUUUAUUUGCUUAAGUGAUAAAUGAAAUGGUAAAAUCGCAAUCUGUGUCAUAUUUUUAAACACUUUUAUGAAAUGAUUUCCAGCUUUUUUUAUAGUUAUUUUUGAAAUCUUCUUUGUAUCAAUUAUGAAGCAAGACUUUUUCAAAAUAAAUCAUUCCUACC